AGGGUUGGAGAGAGGGCGGGCCCAGGUCCUGUCCUUGGCGCCAUGUUGAAGCCCCGCCCUUCCCUUCAGGCCGCUUUCCGUGUCUCGCCAGCACCACAAGCCGAGGAGAAGAAUGGCAUUAAAACAGAUUUCCAGCAACAAGUGCUUUGGAGGAUUGCAGAAAGUGUUUGAACAUGACAGUGUUGAGCUGAACUGCAAAAUGAAAUUUGCUAUCUACCUACCACCAAAGGCAGAAACUGACAAGUGCCCUGCACUCUAUUGGCUGUCUGGUUUAACUUGCACAGAACAAAAUUUUAUAUCAAAGUCUGGUUAUCAUCAGGCUGCUUCAGAACAUGGCCUUGUUGUUAUUGCUCCAGAUACCAGCCCUCGUGGCUGCAGUAUUCAAGGAGAAGAUGAGAGCUGGGACUUCGGCACCGGUGCUGGGUUUUAUGUGAAUGCCACUGAAGACCCUUGGAAAACUAAUUAUAGAAUGUACUCUUAUGUAACAGAGGAGCUUCCUCAACUCAUAAAUUCACAUUUUCCAGUGGACCCCCAAAGGAUGUCUAUUUUUGGCCACUCCAUGGGAGGCCAUGGAGCUCUGAUUUGUGCUUUGAAAAAUCCUGGAAAAUACAAAUCUGUUUCAGCAUUUGCUCCAAUUUGCAACCCAGUGCUCUGUCCUUGGGGCAAAAAAGCCUUUAGUGGAUAUUUGGGAACAGAUCAAAGUAAAUGGAAGGCUUAUGAUGCAACACAUCUUGUGAAGAACUACCCAGAUUCUAAGCUAGACAUACUAAUUGAUCAAGGAAAAGAUGAUCAGUUUCUUUCAGAUGGACAGCUGCUUCCUGAUAACUUCAUAGCUGCUUGUACAGAAAAGAAAGUCCCUGUUGUUUUUAGAUUACAAGAGGGUUAUGAUCAUAGCUACUACUUCAUUGCAACUUUUAUUACUGACCACAUCAGACAUCAUGCAAAGUACCUGAAUGCGUGAAAAACUUCACACAGGAGACUCUCUUCGGGAUUAAAGUUGUAACAAAUAGAACUGCUAAG